AUGGGGCCGCCGCGGCCGCUCCGCGCCGGGGCCGCCCUGCUCUGGGGCGUCCUCCUCCGGCUGACAGCUGCUCAGGAAGCAAUCCUGCAUGCGUCUGGAAUUGGCACACCUUCACCAUCUAAGGACUACUGCAUGGUCUACAACCCUCACUGGACAACUCUGCCAGGGACCCUAGAAAAUGCAACUUCCUUUAGUUUGAAGAAUCUGACUUCCACACCACUGUGUGAUAUUUCUGAUAUUCCUCCUGAUGGGAUAAAGAACAAAGCAGUUGUGGUUCAGUGGGGAACCUGCCAUUUUCUUGAAAAAGCCAGGAUUGCAGAAACCGGAGGUGCUGAAGCAUUGUUGGUUGCCAAUAACAGUAUUGUAUUUGCUCCCUCAGGGAACAGAUCUGCAUUUGAUGAUGUGAAAAUACUGAUUGCAUUUAUAAACAACAAAGACUUAAAAGAUAUGAAGCAGGCUCUUGGAGAUAACAUUACUGUGAAAAUGUAUUCACCGUCAAGGUCUAACUUUGACUAUACGAUGGUGGUUAUUUUUGUAAUUUCUGUGUUCACUGUGGCAUUAGGAGGAUACUGGAGUGGACUACUUGAAUUGGAAAGCAUGAAGGCAAUGGCAGACACUGAAGACAGAGAAACGAGGAGAAAGAAGGACGAAUAUUUAACUUUCAGUCCUCUAACAGUUGUAAUAUUUGUGGCCAUCUGCUGUGUUAUGAUGGUCUUACUUUAUUUCUUCUACAAAUGGUUGGUUUAUGUUAUGAUAGCAAUUUUCUGCAUAGCAUCAGCAAUGAGUCUAUACAACUGUCUUGCUGCACUAAUUCAUAAGAUUCCAUAUGGACAAUGCACGAUUGUGUGUCGUGGCAAAAGCAUUGAAGUGAGACUUAUUUUUCUCGCUGGACUGUGCAUAGCAAUAGCUGCUGUUUGGGCUGUGUAUAGAAAUGAAGAUAGGUGGGCUUGGAUUUUACAGGAUAUCUUGGGGAUUGCUUUCUGCCUGAAUUUAAUUAAAACAAUGAAGUUACCCAACUUCAAGUCAUGUGUGAUACUUCUAGGCCUUCUCCUCUUCUAUGAUGUGUUUUUUGUUUUCAUAACACCAUUCAUCACAAAGAACGGCGAGAGUAUCAUGGUUGAACUUGCAGCUGGACCUUUUGGAAAUAACGAAAAGUUACCAGUAGUCAUCAAAGUACCAAAGCUGGCAUAUUUCUCAGUAAUGAGUGUAUGCCCCAUGCCAGUUUCCAUAUUGGGUUUUGGAGACAUUAUUGUACCAGGCCUGUUGAUUGCAUUCUGUAGAAGAUUUGAUCAGCAGAUUAAUUCUUCUUCUUCUAUAUACUAUGUCUCUUCCACAAUUGCCUAUGCUGUUGGCAUGAUAAUUACCUUUGUUGUUCUGGUGCUGAUGAAAAAGGGGCAACCUGCUCUCCUCUAUUUAGUACCGUGCACACUUAUUACUGCCUCAAUUGUUGCUUGGAGACGUAAAGAAAUGAAAAAGUUCUGGAAAGGAAACAGCUAUCAGAUGAUGGACCAGCCGGACUGUGCAACAAGUGAAGAAACCCCUGUGGUUGCUGGUGAACAGAUUAUCCAACAGUAA